CACCCUUCUCGUCGUACACAGCUCACUUGCUUGUUGAUCUCAGGACAUUGACCACGUCAAUACCAUAGCCGCUCAAUGCCUCCUCGUAAGACACGAGCGGCAAAGGCUGCUCAGGAGCCGCCGCCGGCGGAUCCGAAGCCAUCUCUUGCUGGCGCCUCCGAUCCCUCGUCCUCUUCCGAACAGGCCACAGCUAGCAGCAGCAAUGGACGGCCAGCCAAGAAGGCUCGGAAGAGCGAAGAGGCCAGUACACUACUAUCAGUAGAGGACGAAGCUCCUCCGCCGCCUUCAGCGCCCUCGGAUCUGCCGCCGCCGCCUUCUCCCCCGGCCGCCCCACCUGCUGCGCCUGAGGAAGAUGGCCUCGCACCACCACCUCCCCCACCUCCCACCGAUCUGCCCUUACCUCCCCCGCCCACCGACGAAGAGCCUCCUCCGCCGCCUCCGCCUACAUUCGACGGCGCACCUCCACCCCCGCCAUUAGCAGAAGCAGGUCUACCAGCAGGUGAAGAUGAAGAAGAUGUGCAGGAUGCAGAAUACUGGGAGAGACUCGCAGAGGAAGAUCGGCAGAAGGAGGAGGAGAAGUCCCAAGACUUGUACCUGGACACUAUCAAUCGAAGCGUCCUGGACUUUGACUUCGAGAAGCUCUGCAGCGUAUCCCUCUCCAACAUAAACGUGUAUACCUGCCUUGUUUGCGGCAAGUACUUUCAGGGAAGAGGCAAAAAUUCCUACGCCUACUUCCAUUCCAUCAAUGACGGCCACAGAGUAUACAUGAAUCUCGAGACAGCAAAAGUAUACAUUCUCCCAGAUGGCUAUCAAGUCUCCUCUGCAUCCUUGUCCGACAUUGUCUACCUUCUUCAGCCAACAUACACGCCAAAGCAGAUUAGGCGGCUUGAUGCCCCUGAUGCUCGACCCUCCAUAGACUUACAAGGCAAGCCAUACUACCCUGGCUAUCUAGGCUUGAACAACAUUGGAGGCAACGACUACGUCAAUGUUGUCAUACAAGCUCUAGCCCACAUCGCUCCCCUCAGAGACUACUUCCUUACCGGCUCGCUCAGACCUGACAACGAUGGACAGGGAGCUAAGAGUACAUCGACAUCCGCUACUGUCGCGCGAGGAUCUGGCGGAGUGUCAUACAACCCCACUCUCGCCAACUCUUCUGAGCUCGUACGUCGCUUUGCAGCUCUGUUGAGGAAGAUUUGGAACCCUCGCGCCUUCAAAGCUCAGGUCUCGCCGCAUGAGUUCCUGCAAGAGGUGACGAGCGCAUCGAAGGGACGCUUCCGGCUGAUGGAGCAAGGCGAUCCUGUAGACUUGCUCGGCUGGCUGCUCAAUCAACUGCAUAUGGACCUCAAUGGAGGUAGCAGAAAGAAACCCAGUAUCAUCUCUAGGUGUCUACAGGGAGAAGUGAGGAUCGAGAGCCAGAAGGUCUUUGUCCGCACUGGACUGGAGACAGAAGGCGAGAUGGAUGUUGAGGACAGCUUGGACCAAGAUGGGAGGAAGGAGGGCGGCCAGGAGGACGAGUACGGCAAUGCCAAAUUCAACAUCGAUCGAGACAUCAAGAUCGACCGCUCUCCCUUCUUCCUCCUCGCCAUCGACCUCCCUCCCCCUCCUGUCUUCCAAGACGUAGUCGAGAAGAAUAUCAUCCCUCAAGUCUCCAUUGCCCAAGUUCUGGCAAAGUACGACGGCGUCUCCUUCCAAGAAGCGCGGGGCAUGAUUCGCAGAUACAAGAUCACAAAGUUGCCGCCGUAUGUGAUUCUGCACUUCAGGAGGUUUACGAAGAACAACUUUGUCGAGGAGAGGAACCCGACGAUUGUCAAUUUCCCCAUCAAGGGACUGGAUCUGAGAGAUUACGUCGACGACCCUUCCUUGACUCCUCUCUCGGCAUUGUACGACAUGGUGGCCAACAUUACGCACGAGGCCACUCCAGGCACAGUCCGCGAGAACUCCGUGUGGCGCUCCCAGGUGCAUACCAGUCUCGAAGGAGAGCCAAUCAACCCUUCUUCCUCGUCCACUGCUGCUGGUCAGCCAGACAGCGUCAAAGCUGAAAGCAUCAGAAGGGCCGGAGAGGGUGAUGGAGAGGAAGCAGAGAAGGCCGAGGAGAAGUGGUUCCAGAUCCAGGACUUGAUCGUUGAGGAUAUCAACCGGCAGAUGAUCUUCCUCGGUGAGACGUACAUUCAGGUGUGGAAGCGGAGGAGUGAUGCCGGAAGUGUGUAGAGUAUUGCAGGUGAAUGAGAUACUAUUACAGUGUUACAGAUGAUUGGAUGCCCAGAAGAGGCUGAAUAUGAUGUCCAUCCAACGACAGCGGGCCAAUACAAGCCGAUCAGAGCAGAG